CCAUGACUGCCAAAGAUUGCCCAUCGUUGCUGGGCUUUGGAACCACAAAAACAUUCAAAAUUCCCGUUGAACAUUUGGAUUUCAAGUACAUUGAAAAAUGUUCAGACGUUAAACAUUUGGAAAAAAUUCUUUAUGUGCUUAGGUCUGGAGAGGAAGGAUAUUAUCCUGAACUUAUAGAGUUUUGUGAAAAGCGCCUUCAAGGAUUGGCUCCUCAAAGUAGAGCUUUGAGGAAAGACAAACCUGCAGCGACAGAAUCCAGUUUCACAGCGAGAGAAUGGGAAAAAAUCGAUGGCGAUAUAAAGAAUUGGGUAACAGAAAUUAAAAAAGAAGAAAGUAAAAUAUAUUUUCAUGAAACGGAAACAUUUCCAGCAAAGGAAGAAAAUUUGCCUCCAGUUCGUGGUUCAAACAGCCGUCCUCAUGUUGCCAAAGGAAAAUAUUCUAAAAGUAGAUCAGCUAAAAAGAAUAUUCCAAGGGAUUAUGCAGAGUGGGAUAAAUUUGAUGUGGAAAAGGAAUGUUCAAAAAUUGAUGAAGAUAGCAAAGAAAAAACUCUAAUAAACAACAAGUCACAUUUGUCUAAAAUUGAGACAAGACUAGACACAGCAGGUCUGACUGAGAAGGAAAAGGAUUUUCUUGCUACUCGUGAGAAGGAAAAAGGAAAUGAAGCUUUCAAGUCGGGAGAUUAUGAAGAGGCUGUGAAAUAUUAUACAAGGAGCAUAUCCGUGCUUCCCACCGUAGCAGCCUAUAAUAAUCGAGCUCAAGCAGAACUCAAACUACAGAACUGGAACAGUGCUUUUCAGGAUUGUGAAAAGGUCUUGGAGUUAGAGCCUGGAAACGUAAAAGCUCUUCUGCGCCGUGCCACUACAUUUAAACAUCAGAACAAGCUCCAGGACGCGAUGGAGGAUUUGCGCCAAGUGCUGGAUGCUGAACCCGAUAACGAGUUGGCCAAAAAAACCCUGUCAGAGGUUGAAAGAGAGCUGAAAAAUUCUGCGCCCGCAUCUAAGACUCACACCAAGGGGAAAAGGAUGGUUAUUCAGGAAGUAGAAAACUCAGAAGAUGAAAAUGGAAAAGAAGGCGAAAGAAAACAUGAAGAUGGCAGUAGAGAUAAGAAGGCCGCCGAGCCCGCGGCCGCCGCGCGCGCCAUGGGCAACAUCCAGAGGAAGAUGACGGGCCGGGGCGAGGCGGGCAAGCGGCCGGAGAAGGGCGCGCCGCGGCGGGGUCGCACGCCUGGGCCCGGCGCCGACCAGCGGGGCCGCCCGAGGGCCCCGGCCCCCGCUGGCCGCGCCAACGGGCACCCGGGCGGCGGCAAAGGCGCCCGGGACCCGGUGGCGGCCGACGCGUCCCCGGCACCCGGCGCCCCGCCGCCCGCCCCCGCCGCCCCGGCCGGCCCCUCUGGCCUGAAGAGCCAGGGCAACGAGCUGUUCCAAACCGGACAGUUCGCCGAGGCGGCGCUCAAGUACUCGGCGGCGAUCGCGCAGCUGGAGCCCGCAGGAAGUGGAAGCGCGGACGAUCUAAGUGUCUUAUAUUCAAAUAGAGCAGCGUGUCACCUCAAGGAAGGAAACUGCAGUGGCUGCAUUGAAGACUGUAACAGGGCUCUGGAACUUCAUCCGUUCUCCGUUAAACCUCUCCUUCGACGAGCAAUGGCCUAUGAAACUUUAGAGAAGUAUCAGAAAGCUUAUGUGGAUUACAAAACGGUGUUGCAAAUAGACUGCGGAAUCCAGACAGCCAGUGACAGUAUUAACAGAAUAACAAGAAUUUUAAUGGAUCUGGAUGGACCACGCUGGCGGGAGAAGCUGUCACCCAUACCUUCUGUGCCCACUUCUGCGCAGUUGCGAGCGUGGCGGCCUACGGCAGAGACGCCCCCAGACCAAGUGGGAGAUUCCCGCAGCCAUCACCAACCGGGCAGCACAGAUGAAAAAACGUUUAAAACCCUUAAAGAAGAAGGAAAUCAAUACGUAAAGGACAAAAACUAUAAAGACGCACUUAGUAAAUACAGUGAAUGCUUACAGAUUAACAAUAAGGAAUGUGCCAUUUACACAAACAGAGCUCUCUGUUACUUGAAGCUGUGCCAGUUUGAAGAGGCAAAGCAGGACUGUGAUCAGGCGCUUCGGAUAGACGCCGGGAACGUGAAAGCGUGCUACAGGCGAGCUCUUGCCCAUAAAGGACUCAAGGAUUAUCAGAAUAGUUUGAAUGAUCUCAAUACAGUUCUCCGGCUAGACUCAAGUAUUGUGGAGGCCAAGAUGGAACUGGAAGAGGUGACCAGAUUCCUUAAUGUGAAGGAUCAGGCAGCAUCACUCAACAAAGAAAAGGAGAGAAGGAAAAUUGAGAUUCAAGAGGUGAAUGAAGGCCACGAAGAGCUUGGAAGGACCCCCGAGGAGGUCUGCACGGGCUGCCCUGCCCCUGAGGGGGACACCAGCUGUGGGCCACCGGCACACUAUGAGAAGCUGCCCGUCACCAAGCCCAGCAACGCCUAUGAGUUCGGGCAGGCGAUGAACGCUGUCAGUGCUAGAAAAGAUAAAGCAGCCUGUGCACAUCUGUUAGCCAUCACUGAGCCGAAGGAUCUGCCAGCCUUGCUGAGUAACAAACUCGAAGGGGAUCUAUUCCUCCUCCUCAUUCAGUCUCUGAAAAGUGAACUUAUUGAUAAAGAUCCCUCAUUGGUAUAUCAGCAUCUUCUAUAUCUGAGUAAAGCAGAAAGGUUUAAGAUGAUGUUGACCCUAAUUAGCAAGGGCCAAAAGGAGCAAAUUGAACAGCUUUUUGAUGACCUCUCGGACACACCAAACAAACAUUUUACUUCAGAAGAUGUACAGGCCCUAAAAAGGCAAUAUGAGCUUUAAAUCAGGAUUAUUGUUAGAUCUCUUCCAUGCAUGCAUGUGCUCCAGUAACACUAGCGAGACGGUAUUGUCAUACAGUUGCAUGGAUAAAACCUUGCUUAGAAAAGAUCCCUGGGUCUGGACUAUAAAAUAUUUUACUUAUUUUUAUACAUAGAACAUGUAUAUUCUACAAUCUGCUUUUUAUCAGUUGUAAAUAUUUUCUUAUGUACCAGAGCUAACAUCUUUAUAUUUAAUAAUAAGUAUAUUUGGAACUUAUUCAGAUGCAUUUUAAUUUAUAUCAUACAUUUCCUUUAAUAACUUGUUAAAAAUUUGAGUUAAAUUGUAUUUCUUUGGGCUAUGAAGGCAUCCACUUAGGUUUGACAGAAAUAUAUUUCUUUAAAAUGCAUUUUUAAAAGUGAAAAUCAUUAACAGUGAUUAUGUCACCUUUAUUUUCUGCUAACACAUACAUAUAAGUCCCAUUUUAUACUACUUGUAUAUUAAAGUCUGCUAAGAUAAAAUGCAAUACUUAAAUCCAUAAUAUGAAAUGAUUAUUAAAUAAAUUGUGAUUAUCAAUUUAAAGCUAUAAGAGGAACUUAUUUUUUCUAAUACGGAAGCAUUGCCUAAUAAUUAAGAACAAAAAUUGCCAAAAAUUUCUAGCACUUUUUACUAGACUUUAAAAAGCUCCUUUCCCUUAUAAAUUGCUUGUAUAAGCAGUAACAAAACAAUAAAUACUCAAGAGCAAACUAAGCCUUCAUUUCUGUUUGCAUUGUCAACCCCAUAUUUCCCCAAAUAUUUAAAUGUCUUCUUGCCCUUCUUUUAUCCCUCUUUUAAGCAGGACCAUGUUUAUUCCCUUAAUGUCAAAGGAAAAGUGAGGAACUCUUGAAGCUCUUUUGUUAAUGGAGGGUAAAGGUAUUUCUUAAAAUAAAAUAUUCCGGUUUCUGUCAGUAUACCAUCAAACAUAUUCCUGUAGUCUUCAGUCAGUUCUCUUUUUCUGGAGCAUUUUCUUGUUCUUUAAAAGUGAAGAUAAAAGAAGAAUAUCUAAUUGCUUUAUCUAAUUGUUUUAUCUAAUUUUUUUAUAAUAGAAUAUUUUUAAUUUGUUUUAUUGAUUUCAGAGAGGAAGGGAGAGAAAUAGAAACAUCAAUAAUGAGAGAGAAUCAUUGAUCGUCUGCCUCCUGCACACACCCCCCCAAUGCGGAUCCAGCCCACAACCCAGCAUGUGGCCUGACCAGGAAUCGAACUGUGACCUCCUGGUUCAUAGGCCCAAGUUCAACCACUGAGCCACGCCAGCUGGGCUAAUUACAGAAUAUUUUAAAUAUUGUUGUGGGUAAAUGGUAACUUUCAAAACAUGCCAUUUUUCUUUUAAACUUUUUUGUUCAUAAAUGAAAAUCUGUAAUAGUAUUUAGUUCUAGUCUUCAAGCCAACAAACAAACCAGUUUUCUCCUUUGUAAUACUAUUAAAUUUGUGUAAAAGUAA